UGCCCGAGCGCUGGGACCGGGCAGGCCCUGGGCUGCUCCCAUCUCCCCAGCGUCACUCACACCGUCCUCCCCACAGAGCCGGGGGUGAGGGGGGAGGUGGGGGAGACCGUCAUGGCCCCCCGCGCCUGGUUCGCCCUCCUGUCCGUCCUCGGCAGCGUCCCCCUGCUCCUCGCCGAUGUCACUGACCACUUCCACCAUCCCGCUGGCUGCCAGCAAUUCUUCUACCAGGGCCAGCCCCCGUCGGGCUUCGUCGGCUUCUCCCAGACCCGGCUCUGCCAACGUCUGGACGGCAGACUCUACUUCGCCACCCUGUAUGACCGCUCGGCCCAUCUGCCCGUCUACUCCGCCUUCCGCUUCAAGUACAGAGCAGAGGGGGUGCCCCGCGGGAAUGGGACAGACACCAGCUGGAAGUACGAAAGGCAGCUGGUGGACCCGCUCUCCGACGGCAACAUGACCCUCCUGACCCCGGCGGCCCUGCGGGACCCUGCUGUGCGCCGGAGCCAGGCUGCGGACGGGGCCUACCCCCUGCUGGUGGGGGGCGUCCGCUACGUGCGGGGGCAGCUCAACCCCGCCAACCUGCAGGGCAGCAGGGGGAGCCGCAGUGCCACCUACACCCUCACAAACGCCGUGCCCUACCCACGGCCCUUCCACCAGGCGGGGUGGCGCCCGGUCCUCAGGGAGAUGGCCGCCCGGGUCCGCCGGGAGUGCGGCAGCUCUCCGGCCUUCCUGGUGUCCGGCGCCGCGCGCCAGGCCAGGGGCAAGGAGCUCUGGGUGCCCUCUCGGGGUAAGGGCCGGUCGGCCGUGCCCCAGCUGCUCUGGAUGGCCUUCUGCUGUGGGCCAGGGGGUGCCAGCGGGGCAGCGGUGGGUCACCCGCGGGGCACCGGGAGGUUGGCGCUUGGCCCACUGGGGGAGCUGGGACCCUAUGAGACGCGGGAGGUCUCCCUGCGCCAACUGGAGUCCGCGCUCGCCAUCCAAAUGGGCCGCAGCUCCGUACACAUCUACAAGGGGGGCUGUAGGCAGCCAGCGUCAGGGAACUAGGCCCCCCCUCCCCACCCCCCUCACACUCUGCCCGACCCCCCACACUCCCCCACUCCACCCCCCACACUCCCCCAACACCCACCCACUCCCCCCCAACACCCCCUCACUCCCCCAACACCCCCACACUCCCCACACACCCCCACACUCCCCACACACCCCCACACUCCCCACCACACUCCUCCCCACCACACUCCUCCCCACCACACUCCCCCCACACACUCCCCCCACUCCGGGGAACUGGAAUCCAGACACACCGAGGGGGAGAGAGGGAGGGAGAGGGAGGGAGGGAGAGAGGGAGGGAG